AUGUCCACAGACUACACCUCAAAAACAGUCCUCAUCACAGGCGCAGCCUCAGGCCUAGACCUCCCCCUAACCCGACAUUUCCUCGCCGCCAACGCAAACGUCCUAGCCCUCGACAUCUCCGACGCCGCCCUCACCUCACUCCCCUCCAAAUUCGACGACGACAGUCCGGACCUCCGCGCCCGUCUGCACCCCGUAAAAGCAGACAUCACCGACCCAGCCUCCGUGUCCGUCGCAAUCGCCUCCUGGGUCGACGGCGGCGAUGGCGGCCGUAGACUCGACGUCCUCGUCAACAACGCCGGCAUCUCGGGCCUCAUGCAACCCACGGGCGACCUUGUCAACAUGACGGGCAGCUUCGUUACCUCGCAGCACGCUAUUCAGCAGUUUCUGAAGCAGGAGCUUGUUGAUGGGCAGAGGGGGGUGAUUUUGAAUGUUAUCAGUGCUGCGGGAGUUCACGGCGCGAGAGCAGGCGUCGCCUACACAGCCUCCAAACACGGCACAGUCGGCCUGACACGAAGCACAGCAGCCUUUUACGGCCCAAAAGGCAUCCGGUGCCUAGCCAUCAUGCCCGGCCCAAUGAUGAUGACAAACAUGACCAGGGACGAGGAACACAUAAAAGAGUUCCAUCCCGAGGGCCUCGCUAUGGUGGUGUCGACAUUCAACACCUGCCAAGGUGACCCCGCAAAGGGUGGCUGGGAUUUGGGAUGGUCGCCGCUGGAGCAGGUGUCCAAGACGGUGGUGAGCUUGUGUUCUGGCGGGAUGAACACCAUCAACGGCGCGCUUGUGCCGACCGAUAUGGGCUGGACAUGGCUCUGAGCAUGUAGGUGUAGGACAACACCAGAUUCGUUAACUUUAACACGGCUUGGCAAGCUUGCCCAAGUUUCACAAAUUGCGGAGAAGAGAGCAUUC